AAAACACCCACGCCGUAGUUUUCCAGCCACCUUCCACGCACAAAUUAUCCGGCGAAUAUCCCAUUUGACUGCCCUCAGCGGCCGUUGGAGCAGUGGGUCAAACACCGACGCUAAAACUGGAGCUAUAACUUAAACAACGGGGGCUCCCGUUUAGCAGCGCCAUAGCAGCUUACCACCAAGCGCAGUGUCAUCACUUGCUGCUCCCACUGAAACGACUCUCGUUUCGGAGGAGUGCAAAUUGAUACACCGCAAAAAUCAAACCACUGCCGCCGCACAUCCUCCAAGGAAAUAAAUCAACCGAAUCAAAGCAAAAAUGGUUCAAAACAAGAUCACCGAAGUCACUGGAUUCCAUCGCUCUUUCAAGGGUCAAAAUCCCUUUGAAUUAGACGACUUCACCAAGAAUGGAUCCCAUCACAUUGAUUCUUCAUUUAAAUUUGGUUCUGCCCCAAGACACGACAUGCCUUCAAGCCAGCCUAUUGACAUUCCCGAUGCCAAGAAGAGAAACAAGAAGAAAAAGCGUUGCAGGGCAACUGACAGUUUCUCUGGACGAUUUGAAGAUGUCUACAGACUCCAGGAAGAAGUACUAGGAGAGGGUGCCUAUGCCAGAGUGCAAGCUUGCAUCAGCCUUAUCACCAACAAAGAAUAUGCUGUCAAGAUGAUUGAAAAAAGACCAGGUCAUAGCCGCAGCCGUGUCUUCCGUGAGGUGGAGAUGCUUUACCAGUGUCAGGGCCACAGGAAUAUCCUGGAGCUGGUGGAGUUUUUUGAAGAGGAAGACAAAUUCUACCUGGUGUUUGAAAAGCUCCGAGGAGGGUCAGUCCUGGAGCAAAUUCACAAGAGGCAGCACUUCAGUGAGCGGGAAGCCAGUCUGGUUGUCUAUGACAUCGCCAGCGCUUUAGAUUUCCUGCAUAACAAAGGAAUGGCUCACAGAGAUCUGAAGCCUGAAAACAUUCUCUGUGAGAGUGCAGACAAGAUUUUUCCAGUCAAGAUCUGUGACUUUGACCUGGGCAGUGGGAUCAAACUGAACAGUGACAGCUCUCCCAUCUCUACCCCUGAACUCCUCACUCCUUGUGGCUCAGCAGAGUACAUGGCGCCUGAAGUGGUGGAGGCCUUCAGCGAAGAAGCGACAAUCUAUGACAAGCGUUGCGACCUGUGGAGCCUUGGAGUCAUCCUCUACAUCAUGCUGAGUGGUUAUCCGCCGUUUGUCGGUCGAUGUGGCGGUGACUGCGGAUGGGAGCUGGGAGAACCCUGCCACACCUGCCAGAACACUUUGUUUGAAAGUAUCCAGGAAGGAAAGUACGAGUUUCCAGAGAAGGAUUGGGCUCACAUCUCCUCAAGUGCCAAAGACCUGAUAUCCAAACUUCUGGUUCGGGAUGCCAAAAAACGUCUGAGUGCGAGCCAGGUUCUGCAGCACCCAUGGGUACAAGGGGGAGCGUCUGACUCUUUAUCAAAAUCAAUCAUCCACCAGAGAAACAGCAGUGCUGUGGAUCUAACGUUCUUCGCAGACAAGGCCAUGGCCGUAAACCGGCAGCUGGCUGAACAGGACGGUAUGGAAGAGCAGCAGCAACAGGAAGUCCCGCUGGUGAUCGCUGCUGGAGGCUCCUCCAUGCGCCUCUCGCCUCCAUCCAACUCCAAGCUGGCGCGGCGCCGGCAGAGGGGCAGCCAGCCGAAGGGGGGGCCUGUCUCUGCUGCAGAGCUGUGUCAGCUCUUGGCCCCUCUCGUCAUUGUAGGAGACUGUGCUUGAACCUUUCCAAACCUGGAGUUCUCAACCUCAUUUACAAGAACUCUCUGGACUGGACUGAUCCGAGAUCCUUCCCCGUUUUGGCUCCUCUUUGACUCUUGGUUCCUCUGCUCUCUGGCUUCAAUGCCGACCUGUGAAGAAGGGUGGCGCCUGCAGCCAUCCCUCUGAAUGCCUUCUACCCUUAUGCAGCACUUCUGAAGCACAUCUACACAGGACCUGCAUAGAGCACAUUCAGGUUGGGGAGGAGGGUCGGCUCAUGAUUUGGGAAAGUGUUUCUUCUCUUUAUGACUCAGUUUAAAAGUCCAAACUUUAAAACUAAGCUCAGACACCAAAGGACUACCUGUUGUGCUGCUCCCAUGUUACAACUGGAUCCACUGUGAAUUAAGUUAUCUGGAACGUUCUUUUUGCCUGUAUGUAUACACACACACACACGAGCGGCCCAGACUUAAAAGCUUAUGCAAUAUGCCAAUAUGAAGGCUGUUCUGUCUCUAAUGGAUUCUGUAUCCGAGAGGUUCAAAGGGCUUAAAGCCAAUUCUGUCUGUGCCUGGUGCAGUCCGCUCUGUGGCUAGAGACUGCUCAGACCCCCACCCCCCCAUAUACUGCAGAUCAUUUUCUUACAUCUGAGUAUGUGUCUGAGAAAGAGCGUGCACUCAUCAGCCCGGUGGCCAUGCACUUAAUGCUGUAAGAGCAAAGAAUGUUAAUCUGUCCCUUUUUCAGUUUGUCUCCUCCACGUUAUCAGCCGCCGCAGCUCUUGUUUUCAAGUCUGAUGGCAUGAAGAUUGAACAGUUUGUGGUACGGGGGGUCUGGCCACCCAAAAUUAUUUCUUUUUUUUUUCUUAUCAGGCCAAUUUCAGGUUCUCUAAAUUGUUUAACAAGUGAAAUUGGGGCAGUGUUACUUUCAUUGUAAGCAAUCCACUUUUUUUUUUUUUUUCUACAAGUAGAAUUUUGUAUAUAUAUAUUUUUUUUCUACUGUUGAAUUUGUGCAUUUGAUAUAACCUUAAAUAUUUUGCAAGUAAAGGUUAGAAAUCCUUGAAGGGGUUUGAAAAAGCACACGGCCACUGUGACCAGAGUAUCUUUAUUUUGUUAUUCUUUUGCUCUCUAUUGGAUCCGUUAAAAAUUUGACAAAUCUUGAUUUCUUUUGCCACACAGAAUUUCCAGAACUCAACUACUUUAAAAAAAAAAAAAAAAAAAAGCUGGUUAUUAUUUUACUGAAAAGCAUUUUAAAGGAAAAACAUUCCAGGAAAAAAACCUUAGAAAUCAGCGUGACGAGUUUCUUUUAUGUUCAGACGACUCCACAUCAAUGUGCCACUCAUUUUUUAAUUUUUUUUAUUUGUGGUGCUGUUUGGUUUCGAUACAGCACCUGAAAAUGUCCUUUAAGUUUUUCUUUUAAUUGUUUUAAAGUUCAGAGUGUGCUGUAUGUGGUUAAGCUUGUUUAAUCUGGAGCGUUCAUGCCCAGUUUAUUUUAUUUUUCCCCUGCUGUGUGAAAGUUGGCAAAUGUCAGGAAUGGGUUGAAUCUCACUCUGUAACUGACAUGUAACGGACCGGCGACGGCGCCUCAGCGCUGUGGCCGCUUCACCAAAGAAGGUUCAAGUUGUGACGAUAAACGCGUCCUCGUCCAUCAUGUAGCAUUGAGAUGUGGAAAAAGGUCCAUGUCCCGUUGGCAGCACUGCAACAACGGUACUCUGGAAGCGGUCUCCAACCGACCCAUUCUGCUGAGAAUAGGACACUGUAAUGGAUCUAAAUACUUUUUCUACACACUCAUCAUUACGGGGUUUUAUGUCUUAUGAGACUUACUUGAAGUUCUAUAUAUGCAGCUGUUUUUUCUUCACUUUUGGAAACUACUUUGCUAUCAAUCUGAAAGCAUUAAGCUGACGAUCCAGGCAAUCUUUGGGGUUUUGAAGAUACCUAUACAUUUCAGUAUUUUUGCCUUUUUAUUUUUCCCCUUUUAAGCUUCAAGUUGUUCCCGAUUUAACGGGGCUGGAAACUUAACGCACACACUUCGACCAUACUCUGUAAUGUCCGUGUGGAUGUUGUAAGAGUUAUACUGGUCAUGACCAUUUCUAAUAUCUGCCCAGUUGCAGUUUUUGUUCUGGUCUGCCUUUUUUUGUUUUUGUUUGGGGGGAGGGGGUAAAUGAAAUCUUGCAGCCUCCAGAGUUGUAUUGUUUGUCAAAGUGUUAAAAUAGUCAUUCUAAUGGACAGUAUCACAAGCCUACACAGUUUGAAUGUAGCCCACAGUCCAGUCAUCUGCAGUCCAACAUGGAUCCUAAGAUCAGCUCCUUUUCAUCAACAUGAAGACGGGUUAGUCUGUUAAUGCAGAUACAGUCCACAAGCAUUUUAUUAAACCCAUGACCUAAUUUAACACUGAAAAGCCCCAGGCCCUAUCGAGCUCAGGGGAAGAAAUUAAGUUUGUCAUUUAAGAACAAAACAUUUUUGAUUAAAAAUAAGCACUUUACUGUACCAUGUGAAUGAUAGCAGUUCACUCAAGGCAACAUUUGACAGUUGCAAACAGAAUUUUGUAUUG